AAUUUUAAAAGAACAGGCCAACUUUCUUUCCAUAAAAAUGGUGUUCUCGUGCUCCAUUUGUCUAUCAUUCUUUGAUGCCUCCUCAGACAUUUUUUGUCUACCGUGUGGCCACAUUUAUCAUAUGACCUGCACCAUGCAGUGGUUCGAAAGAACGCAGUCUUGCCCUCAGUGCCGCAAGCCGACCACCGAGAAGAAAUGCAUCAAAAUAUUUCCCCACUCAAGCGAACAAGGGACGCAACAGGACCCAAGUCAACUCAUGCAGACCAUCGAUGGCUUGAAUUUGGAGAUUCGCAAGCUGACCAAAUUGAAUCACGAAAACCAAGCUGCCCUCAACAUGCUGAACUCAGUUAACCAAGAAUUAGAGUCUAACAAAGAGGAGGCGAGUGCUGAGAUAAGUCGGCUGAUGAGCCACAACACUCUUCUCAAGAAGCAGGUGAAGCUGCUGAAGAAUGUUGAAAAUGAGCUCCAGGUCGCUAGGACAGCAAAGGAAAAGGCUGAGAAAGACCUCUUGGUCUGGAAAAACGUGUCCAAGGUUGUGGAUGGGACAUUUUCGGAGGCUGAUGAGGCUCUGAAGGAAAGUGCCAACUGCUCCGACAUCAACUCUGUGCUCACCAUGUGCCGCAGUUUGAAAAGGGAGCUGGUCACCUUUAAAUCCAGAGUGUUACUCCUGAAGAGAAGUGUCGAGCAGGAGAAGAUGAACGGCAAGCGGCAGGUGGCUGAACUGGAAAAGCAGCACAAGAUUGAGGUGGAGCUGCUCAACAACCACAUGAGUAACCUUGAGCACGAGAUCUUGCAGCUGAACAAAAGGCAAAAGGAGAAGGAAGCUAAGGCAGAGAGGGACUACCUGAUGUGCGACCAGUUCCUCUCCAACCUUGAAGGCAGUCAGAAGAGCAUCUUGGACUCAACACCACCGGGCAGCAGCCAAAACAGUAGCCGUGGCGCCAUCCUGAAGCCCUCGACUAGCAGCACCCUGAAGCCUUCUACUAGCAGCACCCUGAAGCCCUCGACUAGCAGCACCCUGAAGGUGUCCAACAGCAACAAGAUGAAGGUGGCGCUGCGCAAGCCUGGCGACAUCUUUGGCGUGUCGCGGCUCAGCGGCGGCUCUGGACAGACUGGACUGAUGAAACGGAUGUACGAGAAUGCGGCCAAACUUCCCGACAACAUGACUUACGAUGGCUUUGGCAGGACUGUCAGGGCCGAGAGUUGCUUCAAGAGCAGGCCAUCCACCUCGACAAUGCCAAAGAGGCCCAAAUGCUGAGGAAGAAAAGGCCAGAUUAAUUUUUGUCCAUUGUUACUUAUAGCUGUUAGACAGCGCUACACAGUCUGAUUCUGUCUUUUCCAUUAGGCCAUUGGCCCUGGUUUGCAAAUUUUAUGCAGUGAAUUUGAGUCGCACUGUAAACUUUACUUUGUGGGCUUCGUGGAUAGCUGCAAAUGGUUGAUCAAUUUUGAUUUUAAUUGCUUAUAAAAAUAAGUCUAAUAUGAUGAAAUUAUCUGAGAUGAGACGAAAUUUUUAAAUCUCUUAAAACUCAUCUUUGUCUAACUUCGCAGGUUUGCUAUUUUUAAUUCGAAGACAAAUAAUGUGUGUUUAGUCCAUGUAAUCAGUGAGACUAGUUGAUAAGCCCUUGAAGACUGUUAAUUUAAUCCUAUUUUUGUACACGCAAGCUAUUUAUGUAUCCGUGCCUUGCUGGAAAAAACACUUCUUUCAUAAAUAAAGAUAAAUUCAAUUCACGUCACUCAAAAAACUGGAUGAAAGACCAAAUUAAUUCAUUUGUUGUUGCAGCUUGGCUUGAGAUUAUAUUUUCAAAUAAUUUUGUAAUGCUCCACAGUAAAAAUCGCAUGUAAAAAUUAAAUUUAAAUUAAAAAAUA